UUAUUAAUAAAAAAUUGAAAAUCUUAACAUUUGCGUUAGAAGCAUUGAGCGACGAACAUGUGCUGUCGUUGUUGUGGAGUAUUGCAGAAGAAAAUCUGGCUGUUCGGUAGUGCUACACUUUUUCUUAUAUUAGGAAUUGUGUUGACAGUAUGGGGUCCAAGCUUUGCGGACAAUUUCAUUGAUAAUAUGAUAGUCUUGAAAGAAGGUAGUACGACUUUUGAGAAGUGGUCGAACAUACCUGUACCGGUUUAUAUGCAGAUAUACAUGUUUAAUUGGACGAAUGGUAAAGAAGUGCAAGAAAUUGGCUUAAAGCCAAAUUUUGAACGUGUCGGUCCUUAUGUCUUUCGCGAAACGAAUAUUAAAACAAAUAUAACUUGGCAUGAGAACAAAACCAUUUCUUUUAAGCCUCAGCGUACCUGGCAUUUUGAGCCGAAAAUGUCUUCAGGAAGUUUAGACGAUCUGCUAACCGCGCCCCACAUACCGUCCCUAGCCGCUUCAAGCUUUAUGCGUAAGAAAAGCAGUUUUAUGAAAAAAAUUUUCAAUAGCAUUUUAAAUAAAAAUGGCGGUGCAUUAUAUCAAACGCACACAGUUAACGAAUGGUUGUUUGAAGGAUUCUAUGACGAAUUUUUAGCUUUUGCUAAAAAGCAAAAUAAUUCCCUUAUACCGCCUAUACCGUCAGAUCAUUUCGCUUUCCUUCUUAAUCGAAAUGGUUCGUCAGACUACGAAGGUACUUUCACCAUACACACUGGCCAAGGUAAUCUACAGGAAUUGGGCGAGAUAAAAUUAUGGAACGGUCAGAGUCAUACUGGAUAUUUUCCGGGUGAAUGUGGCCGAAUUAAUGGCAGUACCGGCGAACUAUUUACACCUAAACGAAAUCUCAAUGAAUAUGUAUCUGUUUUCAGUAGAGAUACCUGUCGUAUAAUAAACUUGAUGCCUAUCGGUACAGAUACGUUUAGAGGCAUCGAAGCUGUGCAUUAUGAAACACAAGCGGAGACAUUUGAUAACGGCGUCUUGAACCCUAACAUGAAAUGUUAUUGUCAAGACCCAGACAAUUGCCAUAAAACAGGCGCCACUGAUAUAUCAACAUGUGCUGCAGGUGUACCGAUGUAUGUAUCACAUGUCGAAUUCAGGGAUGCCGACCCUAGUUACGCUAACAGCACUACCGGCCAUAAGCCAAUUGAUGAGAGUGAUCGAUUUUUCAUCAUUAUGGAACCGCGUCUAGGCAUACCAUUAAAAAUGAAUGUUGCAAUACAAGUAAGCUUACACGUACAACCCGAUAAAGAUAUAACAAUUCUAAAAAAUAUUAAUGAAUUUUAUGCGCCAUUGUUUGUGGGUAAAACCUCAGGGGAAGUUGAUGCAAAAUUAGCCACAAAAAUUAAGCUGUUUUUGAAUGCUCCGCCGAUAGCUUUUUACUCUGGCAUUGCUUCAUUAGUUCUAAGUAUAAUUUUGUUAUUCAUAGGUAUUUAUUUAUCAUUAACUAAAAGAUGGUGAUUUUCAUAGCAAAUAGUGUUACAUUAAAGACUUGUUUUUAAGUUACAGUUAUUUAUAAAACGUAUGCUGUUUAAGGAAAGCAAAUCAUUAGAAGUAAAACUUCUGUCUCACAAUAGGUUAAUUCUCUAUGUAAUGAUUUGUCAUUUUGAUUUAUAUAGGAAUGCUUUAUGAAAUUUACAGCGAGAAAAGGAGAGAGAACAUGACAAGUUAAAAUCCGAAAAUUAAUUAUCAGAAAGGAAAGAAAAAGGAGUAACUCUACGCAGUUUCUCUUGAAAUUAUUUAUUUAUUAA